AUGUCCUCUACUAAACUAUCUACAAAUUUAGGAAAUGAAUUAAAAGAAAUGGUCAAGAAUCAAAGAAUUAGUGUCAUCGAUUUAAUUGUAUCUUUUGCUCAAGAUGUAAAAAGAAAACAAAAGAUUGGUAGUGGAAGAUCAAACAAAGGUCUUUAUGAUAGCGAGAUUGAAAGAAUAAUGAAACCAUAUCAUAGAAAGGGAUUUGAAAGAGUAAUAGCAAGUGACCAAUUAAAUUUAUUGGAACCAAAAGACAAGAUUCAUUGGGUUGCAGUAUACGUUGAUGCAGAUAAAGAUAAAUCUGUAGAAUAUUAUGAUUCAUUUGGCCAAGAACCAACAGAUGAUUUUAUGAAACAAUUAAAAGAUUUAAUUGAUGAAAUCAAUCCAGAUUAUUAUUUAAAAUUCAAGGUAAACAAAGUCAUUGAUCAAGCAUCAAAUAGUACAACAUGCGGUUAUCAUGCAAUUAAAUUUUUAUUAAAUAGAUACAAUGGUAUACCAUUUAAAGAAUCAAGUGGUUGGAGUGAUAUAACAAAAGAGGAAAAGAAAAGUGAUGCAAAUGAUUCAUCAGACAUUUACAUAAUGUUUUUGGUUGGUGAAUUUUUGUCUGUUCGUAUUCACACAAUCCCAACUGCUAAUUCCUCGUUACAGCCUUGUUUAACAAAUAUUCACUACCCGUUGUUUUGA